AUGGACGGCCGACCGCCUGUGGCCUAUCCCUACAACGCCACGGACUUCGCCGUUCCCAGUUUGGUGCCUUGGCUGGGCGGGGUGGCGUUGCUAGCAGUGAUCUCCAAUGCUAUUCUGCUGACUUUCCUGUUAUACAGGCGUCUCUAUCAGCACUUCAUCUCUUCUCAGUUCAUUAUUCAUCUCUGUUUGACUAAUAUCAUUGGCAUUACUGUCCUCUUCCCUCAGUAUCUACAUAAUCUGUGGACUGGAGAGAACCUUUGGCUCAAUAAUAAUGCACUUUGUCGUGUACAGGUGAGUUUAACCUAAGGGAAAGGGUGUUUAUGUCUGUCCAGCAGCUAAUCUUAUUCAUUCAGGCGUUUUUUAUCUGCUCAAUUUGGUCGGUAGUCAACUUUGCGACUGUGAGCAUCGCUGGUGUCCACCUUUUGACCUUCAAUCGGAUCCAUUAUGAUCAACUAUUUGGGAUGAACCCAAAUCAUUUAUGUUAUCUAUCAUGGCUAGUGGGAUUUGCUGUCUCUCUACCAUGUAUUACUAAUGGGAAUAUCGUUGUCUACAAUCCCGCCCUGAGGCAUUGUAUAUGGGGGAUAUCCGAUUACAGCUACAAGUUCCUGACCUAUGUUAUAAUACUAGGAGUCAUCAUCCCCGCGCUUCUUUCAUAUUACUCUUAUCUGAAGAUCCUCAAGACUCUUUACCAUUCGCCGAUCGUCUUUCAAAGCCUCGGACUAUACAAAAGCAGAUUCAUCAUCUACACUUUCUUUUUAUCGUAAGUAUACAACUUCAUUACGAUAACCAAAUAACAAAUGUAAUUUUAAGGCCGUUUUAUCAAGCGCCUUUGAUCUACAUCACUCUGACUGGACAUGAAACUUUAUACGGCCCUCAGGACAUCUUCCCGAUCGUCAGUUCCAUCCUCGCCUACUGUCCUAUGGUCCUGACUCCCCUUAUAUACAGCCUAUCCAUGGUUCUGAUCAAGGAGGAAGACAUGGUGAUAACAGCCAGAGCUCACAAGAGUACCAAUGCCUACACUCAAGUCGCCCCAGGUCAUCGACUCUAA